AUGGCUGGUGAAAGCUUCCCGGCCCUGGUGGCCAUUACCCUAGUUGAGGCCUAUCUCCUGCAGCACAUGGUAUUUACUGAGGAGAGCCUCCGUCUUGUUUGUCUCGGAGCUUUGGGAGUUAAUCUAUCGCUUUUGGGAAUAUGGAAUGUCGUGGUUUGGCCUUUCUUCCUUAAUCCGCUACGACAUCUUCCCACCAUUCCUGGGUUCAUGAGUAACUUGACAAUUAUCUUUGACUCACCUCGUGGCCGUACUCCCCUAGAGUGGAUGAAAACAGUCCCCAACGACGGCCUCAUCCACAUGCGUGACCUGAUCAGUCACAGUUAUCUGCUGGCCACAAACCACCAGGCUCUUUUGGAUAUAAUGAGCACGAAUACUUAUGACUUUGAAAAGCCCAAGCGCAUCCGCAAUUUUCUGGCUCGAAUUAUCGGGUUUGGAAUGAUCCUGUCCGAGGGGGCCGCACAUAAGAAGCAGCGCAAGGCGUUAACCCCGGCCUUCAAUAUCAAGAACAUUCGAGCAAUGUACUCUUUGAUGUGGGACAAAACCAAUCAGAUGCUUGAGGAAAUGGAAAAGGAAAUCAAGUUGAAUCCAUUGGAAGGUACCGACCCAAAGGAAGAAAUUGGCAAGCUCGAAAUGGGCGUGUGGGGAAGUCGUUUUACUCUAGAUAUCAUUGGUCCCGCAGCCAUGGGCCGUGACUUUCGCUCGUUGCAGAAUAGCGAUAACAGAGUGGCCGAGAGUUUUUUAAAUAUUCUCGAGCCGACCCCGGAGAAGGUGGCUUUCCUUGCCAUGAAUUUCGUGUUGCCUCAGUCGAUUGCCCAACGCAUUCCUUGGAAGAUGAAUGAUCUAAUCACCAAGGAAACAAAUUUCCUGCGAGAUCUCUGUAAUGAUAUUGUGCUUGAGAAACGCCAGACCUUGACCGAAUCCAAAGCUUCUGCUCAGGAUCUCGAGGCCGAUAUUCUGGGCACAAUGAUUCUGGGAGGAGACUUCUCUGACACAGAGCUAGUGGAUCAGAUGUUGACUUUCCUAGCUGCAGGGCACGAAACGACUGCCGCUGCCCUUACCUGGGCCUGUUAUCUGUUAACUCUCUACCCGGAUGUCCAGGAACGGCUUCGCGCUGAAAUUCGGGAGAAAAUUCCUUCGGCUAGUAGCCCAAUCACAUACAGCGACUUGGAGUCCCUGCCUUUGCUCAACGGCGUUUGCCAAGAGGUCAUGCGUCUCUACCCGACAGUGCCCGCCACAAUCCGCGAAGCCAUUCGUGACACCAUGGUCGCUGGCAAGCAUGUUCCCAAGGGAACUCGAAUCAUUCUAUGCCCAUAUGCCAUCAACCGCUGUCCUCUGUUCUGGGGUGAGAACGGCGAGGAGUUUGUACCAGAACGCUGGAUCGACACCGACAAGAACGGAAAUCUCGUGCCUAACAAUAACGGUGGCGCGUCAACAAACUUUGCCCAGAUCACUUUCCUGCAUGGACAGCGAUCUUGUAUCGGAAAGGACUUUGCACGGGCGGAACUCCGUUGCGGAGUUGCAGGCUUGGUGGGUCGCUUUGCGUUUGAGAUGCAGGAUCCGAAGCAAGAAAUUCAUAUUGCAGGUGCAGUAACCACUAAGCCCGUCGAAGGUAUGCAUCUCAAGAUGCAACGUGUGGCUGGGUGGUAG